AUGUCAACGUUUACAAGAGCUAUGUGGAUGAAGAUAAGAGAUGGAUUCGAGUCCUCUAAACGGACUCCGACAUCAAAUACAACUUCAAACACAUCUGUUCCACCAUACGCAUCGCGAACGUACGCAUUCAAUGGAGAUGUCAUUAUGGAACUCGAUCGACAAGAGCGAGUAACCCAUGUGUCCUCAUCAGGACCUACACACCGUCCGUUAUUCACUGUUGGAGUUGGAGUCUUCGAUCUGUUAAUGCUGAUUAUUAUGUAUAUUGUUCAACGAGGAACAACGCUUACGUCUGACACAUGGAUUAAGAUGGGUGGUAAAUAUGUUCCUUGUAUGAAAGCUCUUACAUACAAAGCAGAACGAGAUAUGUACAAUUCUGGAUUGAAAUCUCAAUGCCAUGCAUUUCUUUUCCCUUAUCAAAUCUAUCGAUUUUUUACACCAAUGUUUUUACACGGUGGUGUUACACAUCUUUUGAACAAUCUUGUCUAUCAAGCAUUAGCUGGCUCUCUGUUAGAGAGAAAAUACGGCACGAAGACAUUCGCAAUAAGUUAUAUUCUAUUCGGUUUCAGCGGAAAUAUUAUGAGUGCAUUAAUUCGACCAAAGACGGUAUCGGUUGGCGCAUCAGGCGCUGUUUACGGUCUGUUAUUCUUCUGUAUUAUUGACAAUACAUUACGAAUUUUUACAAUCAAGAAUCUACAGGAUAAAAUCAUUCAAUUUCUCAUCAUGCUUUUGGUCAUACCAUACUUUGUUAUGAGCGUUUUUCUUGAUGUGGAUUUCUCCGGUCGUAUUGAUCAUGCAGCGCAUGGCGGUGGUGCAUUGAUGGGCAUUUUAGUUGCCCUUUUCCUGUGCGAAAUGCCAGAGUUCAUAACUAAACGCGUGCCAAAUGGAGCAAGGCGAAUUCAGUUUGUUGCAUUAGUUGCAAUUGUCGGUUACUUUUGUAUCUCAUUACUUGUUUUCUAUAUAAAACCGAUCCGUAUGAAAUAA